AUGGGCACCGAAACAGAAAACCAAACCGGGUUCAAACUAGUUGGCUACAGAAACUUCGUCCGAACCAACCCGAAAUCAGACCGGUUCAAAGUGAAACGCUUCCACCACGUCGAGUUCUGGUGCACCGACGCAACCAACACCGCGCGGCGGUUUUCAUGGGGACUCGGAAUGCCAAUCGUCGCUAAAUCAGACCUCUCCACCGGAAACUCAGUUCACGCUUCCUACCUCCUCUGCUCCGGCAACCUCAAUUUCCUCUUCUCCGCCGCGUACUCUCCUUCCAUUUCACUCUCAUCUCCCUCAACCGCUUCCAUUCCCACCUUCUCCGCCGCCACCAGUUUCGCCUUCGCUGCUUCCCACGGCCUCAGCGUUCGCGCCGUGGCUAUCGAAGUCGAAGACGCUGAACUCGCCUUCACCAUAAGCGUCGCCCACGGUGCUACUCCGGCGUCUCCUCCCGUCGUCCUCGACCACCGCGUCAAACUCGCGGAAGUCCGUCUCUACGGCGACGUCGUUUUGCGCUACGUCAGUUACAACAACUCGAACCAAACCGCCGAACCUAAUCCAGACCAGUGGUUCCUCCCUGGCUUCGAGAAAGUAUCAGAUGAAUCCUCUCACUCGUCGCUAGACUUCGGAAUCCGACGACUAGACCACGCCGUCGGUAACGUACCGGAGCUUUCUUCCGCUAUAAAAUACCUAAAAGAAUUCACCGGUUUUCACGAAUUUGCGGAGUUUACAGCGGAAGACGUUGGAACAGCUGAGAGCGGGUUGAAUUCAGCUGUGCUGGCGAACAAUGAGGAAACCGUGUUGUUUCCGAUGAAUGAACCCGUUUAUGGAACAAAGAGGAAGAGUCAGAUAGAGACUUAUCUGGAGCACAAUGAAGGUGCUGGAUUACAGCAUUUGGCUUUGACAUCUGAGGAUAUAUUCAAGACUUUGAGAGAAAUGAGGAAGAGAAGUGGUGUUGGUGGGUUUGAGUUUAUGCCUUCUCCUCCACCCACUUAUUAUCGGAAUCUCAAGAACCGUGUCGGAGAUGUUUUGAAUGAUCAACAGAUUAAGGAGUGUGAAGAGCUUGGGAUUUUGGUUGAUAAAGAUGAUCAGGGUACUCUGCUUCAAAUUUUCACUAAGCCUAUUGGAGAUAGGCCAACCAUUUUCAUAGAGAUAAUUCAGAGAGUUGGAUGCAUCCUGAAGGAUGAGGAAGGUAAAGAGUACCAAAAGGGAGGAUGUGGUGGCUUUGGCAAAGGCAACUUCUCAGAGCUUUUCAAAUCCAUUGAAGAAUAUGAGAAGACUUUGGAAUCUAGAAGAACUGCAUAA